GGUACACCAGCAUCAGACACACUGCUGGGGGCCCCAGAAGGAGGCAAUUCUCUGCCUCCCUCCCUGGGUUCCAGGAGGCUGAGAACCACCUGCAUCAGGGCUGGUGUGCUGUGUGGUGUACACACAGCCUUUCUCGUGAGGUUCCCUGAACUCCACUCACUCGAGAGGGAGCAGAAGAGAUAGGUCAAGCAGAUCCAGCAGCCUGGACUCCGGGGGGAAAAGAGCAUCGCCUCCUUUUGCAGGACACUCCCUUCAGAUGGAGAAUGGAAACUCCCUUCCUCCUGCAGCAGCCAGUCCGCAGCGGUCCUGGUAGGUCAGUGUGGAAGCUGUAGGCUAUUGCAGCUGCCGAGGCCCCAGAGAGAAAGUGCCUCAGAGCCAAAGCCAAGAGAGCUGCAGGACUCGUGAGAUUCAAAGCCAGUGUGGGGCUGCUGGGAAAGCAGCUGCAGUGUGGUGACAGUGACAAACGCACAGCAGAGCACUCCGAGUGGAUACCCUUUCCCCUCACACAACCAGAAAGGCGCAGUCCUCAGCCUACAAGCUCUUCAGUCUUGGAAGCACCAUAACCAGUAGCAGCUAAGCCAUGGCUGAAGGGGAAAUCACAACUUUCACCGCUCUGACUGAGAAGUUUAAUCUGCCGCCGGGGAAUUACAAGAAGCCCAAGCUUCUCUACUGUAGCAACGGGGGCCACUUCCUGAGAAUCCUUCCAGAUGGCACAGUGGAUGGGACAAGGGACAGGAGCGACCAGCACAUUCAGCUGCAGCUCAGUGCGGAAAGUGUGGGGGAGGUGUAUAUAAAGAGUACGGAGACUGGCCAGUACUUGGCCAUGGACACCGACGGGCUUUUAUACGGCUCACAAACACCAAAUGAGGAAUGUCUGUUCCUGGAAAGACUGGAGGAAAACCAUUACAACACUUACACUUCCAAGAAGCAUGCCGAGAAGAAUUGGUUCGUUGGUCUCAAGAAGAAUGGAAGUUGCAAACGUGGUCCUCGAACUCACUAUGGCCAGAAAGCAAUCUUGUUUCUCCCCCUUCCAGUCUCCUCUGAUUAAAGAAACCUGUUCUGGGUACCCGUCACUCCAGAGGUGGCUGAAGGGGUCCUCACCCAAUUGAUCCCAGAUUGUUACCCUGACCAUUGGCUGUGCUAACCCUUGGCCUACAAAGUCUGAAUUUGUAAGCAAUGCGCUUCUCAAUGCUCAGUUCACCUUUUUGCAGAGCCCUUUACCCCAGCACAGUUUGGAAGAGAGGGAACAAAUGGCUUCUAAGGGGAAAGUGGCUGGCCAGUCUGGGUCUCCUUUAUAUGUUGGGUUGCCUCUGGACACCUGCAGGCUGAGCCUCUCAAUGCAAAGACAGGGCCAAAUGAAGUGUGGUUAAGGGGGUCUGCCAAGUGGAUCAUGAGUAACUGCAUACAAUUCCCUCUACUGAGUAAACUCUACUUGUAAUUUUCCCUAAAUCGCUGAUAUAACUCCCUUUUGUCCUUUCCAUAACCAGCAAAUAUCAGCAGACAAGCUCAUAGCUAGACAAGAGUUAAUCAGCAUUCCAUGAGUAGAAAUACGGUCAAAGAAAUCCCCCAAGAACAGAAGAGAUUAAUAUAGCAAGGGGAGAUUGGAUAUUGGUGGAAGCCUUAUAAGGAUGAGAUCUCAACUCAGAAUAAGAGAAGGAUGGGAAGACUGACGAUAGGAAAGCAGAAGAAAUUCAAGGACUUGGGUUAUUACUUGUAGUCAAUACAAGGCCUUGACUUCCGAAGGUUGUUGGGCCACAUGCUGCCCCUGGAGGAUGUGAGGUGGAGAGCCUAAGAAGUGGAUUCUUGAUCAAGUCAUUGAUCUUGGAUCUUGGUAAAGUCUUCUGGGUCUCAGGAUGGCAAGAAGGGAUGCUGUCCUUGGAGGACUUUUAGACAUGAGAAGGAAAAAGAAAGGGACACCAUGAUUUUCACUCAAUCACAGGAGAGCAGAGAGGGUCUGGGGCCUUAGGGCAGUGUUCAUAGUCUUACGGGAUUUUGUAUGAAUAUAGAUUCUGGGUCAGUGAAACUGGGUGGAGUUUUUUACAUGUCUAACAAGUUUCCAGGUGUUGUAAAUGUUGCCACCUCUCCCAAUCAUACUUUAAAUUUCAAAGUCCUUAAGAACAUUAUGCAAAGAAAGGGGAUUCAAAUCCCUCCCCUCCACUCACCACACCUCCCAAACUCUCUAAUUCUUUUUAGCUUCACCUUUAAAAUGCACAUCCCGAGAGUCUUCCUAAGCUUUUAGGCAGCAUUGACAGCAGUUCUACUUGCAUUAAAGAAGCAUGGAUUUAAGGGCUUUGGCCCAAUGCCUAUAAAAUGCCCAUUUAGAAGAUACACAAAAAGCAUACUGCAAAAAUGCUAAACCCUCACAAACAGACCUCCCAAGAGACCAUUUGUGUUCUGAUUACUUGUAUAAAUAUGCUUUCUGCUUAAAGUUGACCCAAGUGGCUAGCAAAUUAGAAACACCAUUCAUCUCUGACAUAUGAUACUGUUGCCAUGUAACGACCUUUAAUAACCCAUUUAAAUUUACUGUGAGACUUUAUGUUCUAAUCACAUUAAAAAAGACAUAGCUCAAAGGCAGUUAAACUGAUUAACAUUCAGUCAUUGAGAAUGAUAAUAAGAUAAUAUAAGCUAAUCAACUAUUUACUAUUUACACUACAUUUAUAAAAUGAGGUUUUUCUUUGUUUUCUACUAUGCUGCUACAAAUUUUCCUUUGAAAAUGGGGACUCUUAAGCAAUGAUAAUUGUGGAUAAAACUGAUGAGAAAACUAGCUCAUGUUUUAUAAGGAACUGAAAUGAUUGUUAAUUAAAAAUAAUUCCCAAGUAAUUAAACUGUCAUAUUUAGAAAAUGACAUUUUGUGAAAGUUCAUAACAGCCCUGCAAUUUAGUAACUGAACUAAGUCAAAGUUAUGGUUAGUAAUACCAUUCUACAUUCAUACAACAAAAACGAUUUCAUGACUUUGGCUUGUUUUUGUAACUUGGGUAAGAUGAGUGCAUUUUAUUUUAGUAAAUCUUUGCAGGCAAGUUGGGAGCAGCACAGUGAGGCUUAACUUCACUUUACUAGGAAAAUUUGGCCAGACAAAGGUACCCAGAGAGGAAAUCCAAGAUACUGAUAAUAGCCCACAAUUUUCAGUGUCUGAAUCAAAUUCAAGUAUAACACUGGCCAAGAAAAAUUAAAUGCUGUUGCUAGUUGAUGAGAAGGAAGUCUGUGGUUUCUAAGACCCAAAGUAUUAUGGAAGAAUAUUACUGUGACCUCAACAACCUCAUCCCAGUCAUCAUUGGUGUAUUCAUUCAAUUAAUAUGUAAGAAGCUACUAUGUUCCAGGCACUGUAUUGAGUACUGGAGGCCCUGGGAACCUGUCUGUCUGGUUUGCUGCUGUAUUCUCUCCCAGGGCAUUAUGUAUAUGAUGAAAGAUGCUGUGGAUUUUUUUUUUUUUAUGGUCAGUCAAGUAAAAACACACUUUGUUUAGUUCUGAAUAAAUAGCAAGUCCCAGACCCCAGUUCUGGAAAAAUUACCAACCUUGAACACAAGAUUAACUCCUACUCAAAAUGUCUGAGGACAUAGCAAGGCAAAUUUAGUAUUUCCAAGUGUAGAACUGGACCUGUCUCAGGAGAACAACUUUAAAUUCAGAAAGAAAGCCAGUCAGCUCUCAUAAGAAGGGAGGGGUUAACUGUUCCCCACUUCAGUUUCAACAUGCUCUAGUCCCUCAAAUAUGGAACAUUCCUGCUGUACUUAAUCUUCUUGAGUAAAUCCUGUAGCCAACUACCUGUCAUACUCCUAUUGUAUAGAUUCAUUUUCAGGAUAACUGUUUUGAGCUGCUUGAUAUUCUGCAUAAAGCAUCAAGAACACACAUGGUUUUGAAUGUUUGUAAUGUGGUGGAGUUAGUAGUGACAUUUCCUUGGAAGGCAAGAUAAUUAAAGCCACCAAUGGCCAAGAGUGUGCAUUAAUAAAAAACUGACUGAG